AUGGUAGAUGUAACAGAGAAGGAGAUGGAUAACCCCACAUUUAGAAGUGACACUGUACUUUCCGAUGUUCACUUAUACUGUCCAAACAAAAGACAUCUCAUGGUACGAUUGAAUGCAGUUGGACAACCAGUGUUCCGGUCGUAUUUCAAAAUCCUUUGGAACACAGAAGAUUUGCCAGCUGAGAAACAUGUGAGAGAAGCUACAACAGAAAGAGAACACCACUACAGAAGUGGAGAUGAACUGUGUGACCAGGACAGAAAUAAUCCAAAAAAAGAAAGAGAAUUAAAUACUGAAGGAGUAGAAGCUCUGCUAGAUGAUGACGGAGACUUGGAAGUGGUCAGAAGACCUCGAAGUGCCUCUGAUUUAGAAGCGGAGGAUCUUUUGAGGGAUAGAGUGUAUCCUGUAAUUCUGAUGAAAGGGAAAGAUGAUACGUUUGAAGAUGAAGAACAAGAAGGCACUUGCAGUGAUGUUAAAAUAGAACAUACUAUGGCCACCCCCUUAGAAGAUGUCGGUAAACAAGUCUGGCGUGCAGCAUUUCUUCUUGCUGAUUACAUUCUGUCUAAACAGGACAUGUUCAGGUGUUGCUCGGUGCUAGAGCUUGGAGGUGGCACUGGAAUUACAAGUAUUAUCAUGGGAACAGUUGCCAAGAGAGUUUAUUGCACAGAUGUUGGUGAUGAUCUUCUGACCAUGUGUGAGCAAAAUGUUGCAUUAAACAAACACCUGUUGGAGCCGGGAAGAGGGGAAGUUAAAGUAAAAGAACUGGACUGGCUGAAAGAUGAAUUCUGCACUGAUCCUGAAGCUCCUUAUAGCUGGUCUGAAGAAGAGAUUGCUGAUUUGCAUGACCACUGUACUGUGAUAAUGGCAGCUGAUGUGUUCUAUGAUGAUGACCUGACAGAUGCCUUGUUCAGAACGCUGUAUAGAAUCACAUACAACUUGAGAAAUUCUUGCACAGUUUACCUAGCAUUAGAAAAGAGGCUGAACUUCACUUUAAGACAUAUGGAUGUUACAUGUGAAGCCUACAGUCAUUUUAGAAAUACUCUAAAUGAUUUGGAGAGCCUCCAGGAUAGAAAAAUGAAAUAUACUGUGGAGCCCAUUAAGCUUGAUUUCUGCCAGUUUCUUGUUUAUGAACGAGUCGAGCAGUUGGAAUUGUGGAAGAUCAUUGCUGAACAUCUCACAUGA